AUGUUGUCUGAGGAGAUAAUUUCCUCUGUCUGCGGGUCGCCAAUUGCUGCCAACACGGCGGUUUCAAGGGAUGUCGGCAUAUAUUGCCACUCACUAACGCCCUCUUGGGCAGUCAAGGCUACUUUCAAGAAGAGUUCGGCGCCUCCUCACUGCAUCGCCGUCAAUGAUACGCACAUAUUCGCUGCUCAGGAUCAAAAGGCGCAUGUGCAUGUCUACUCCCGGCUGCGUGGCAACCAAGAAACCUUGGCAGCCUUUCCCGAGCGAAUUCGUAGUCUGGCGCUUGCCGGCAACGUCCUCAUCUUGGGCACAGCUGAGGGACGACUCAUACUGUGGGAGAUUUCCACUGGCAGGCAAGUUACUACACCGCCUUGCCAUGUCCAAGCGGUUACUUGUCUAGCCGUCACCCCAUAUCAUCUGCUUUCGGCAUCAGACGACUCCAACAUCCAUGUUUGGUCUUUGCCUCGCCUUCUUGAGUAUGGUACCGACGCAGGACAUGAGCCGGACUUGACCCUGUCCAACCAUCGCGGCGCCGUCACAGACUUGCUUGUCGGACCAAGUACCAAUGCUGAAACAAGCUUUUGUGUAUCUACAAGCACUGACAAGACAUGUAUCCUGUGGAACUACCAAACAGGCCAAGUGCUUCGAACCCUCUUAUUCCCGUCUCCGCCACUUUGUGCUUCGCUAGAUGCCUCUGCUCGAGCUCUAUUUGCCUGCGCUGAAGACGGAGGACUGUACCUUGUUGAGCUAUUUGGAGACAAGCCACUGCUUGGAUCUCGGAGCGCCGAGCUUGCCUCGAUCGUUGUUCAAGUAAAUGCUCCUCUGGGAGUCUCGGAUGCCGCGGACGGUCCCGCAUCUUGCAUUUGUUUGAGCCUUGAUGGUACGUCGAUAUUGACUGGACAUGACAGGGGCAAAAUUCUCCGGUGGAGUCUCGUUGACAACUCCCAUCCAACCGAACUGGCGAAUCUUAACGCUUCUGUUACAAAUCUUGUUCCUGUGCCACUACUAGCAGCGAGGCAAUUUUGCAAAGUUGUAAACGUUAUAAAACCAAAUCAGGGUCAGCGACAGUACUCUAUCACGGCUCAGCUGGACGGAUCCUUGGAAGAAAAGAGCCGUUUCAGCCACAUGCUCAACUCAACGGGCUUGCCUGUCGAUGCAGUUGAGGACGCUACAGCUUCGAUCUUUGAUUCCAACGUGAGCACCAAGGAAGACACCAGGUUGUUUAAAGAAAAUGAAGAGUUGAAAGCUAUAAUAGAAGCGCAAAAGGAGCUCCAAACAGCUACGAUGCAGCAUCGUGGUGUCGCAAAGACAUCGUGA